AUGAAUGCAUAUGCACCUACAUCAGCUACUUCUUCUUGUCCCAUAGAUGAUGAAGAAUUAGAAACAUAUGAUGAUGAAUCUGAUGAGUUUGAAACGGAUACCCAAGGGAUUAGAUGUGUUGGUUCUAUGGGAACAUCUCAUAGUCGUGGUGGACGACCACCAAUCCCUGGUAAAAAAAGAUUAAGAGUGAAAAGAUCUUCAGUAUGGGACCAUUUUACUAAAGAUAAAAGUAGUUCUGAAGAGUUUUCUACUGCAAAUUGUAACUACUGUGGGAGGCAGUAUAAAUGUCAUCCUACAAGAAAUGGCACCUCUAACAUAUUGUACCAUUUUAGAAAUUGUGAAAAGUACAAGAGCUUAAAAGCAAGAGAAGAUAGCUCGUCUAAGUUCACUUUUGUGGCCGGAGAGAAUCAGAUUAGUGAUGCUAGUGGCAAUAACCUAAUUAUUGCUAAGUAUUAUGAAAAAAUUAUUAGGGAAACACUUUGUGAAAUGAUCAUUGUUGAUGAAUUUCCAUUUUCAGUUGUGGAGAAGAAGGGUGUUAGGAAAAUGUUUAGGGUUCUUGAGCCUCGAUUUACGCUUCCUUCUUGCUAUACAAUGAUGAAGGAUUGUGUUAAGUUGUUUAUGACCAAAAGGGACCUAAUAAAAAAAAAGUUGUUGAUGGCUGGUCAAAGGAUUUGUUUGACUACGGACACUUGGACUUCGAUUCAGAAUAUGAAUUAUAUGGUUAUAAUUGGACAUUUCAUUGAUCAUUCUUGGAAAUAUCACAAAAGAAUAUUGGCAUUUUGCCAAGUGUCGGAUCACAAGGCAAUAACGAUUACCAAGGAAAUAGAGCAAUGUUUGGUCGAAUGGGGGAUUAAAAAUUUGUUGGCGAUAACACUUGACAAUGCAACUGCUAAUGACAAGGCAAUGACUGAGUUUUAA